CCGGGCCCCUGUCAAUGGGCGCCCUCUUUCACCCACCGCUCCUUUCAACGUCCCUGAGGCUUCGCCAUUGGCACUGUCACUCCUUUCAACCAAACCAACUGAGCAGAGCUCGCCCACACUCGUUUCACCAACACAACAUUCACUUGCGCAAGCAAUCGCAUUCUCUUCGGCCCUAUCCGAUCCCGUCUGCCGCAUUUCUCAUCCGCAGGAGUAUCGUUUGAAGAGAAACCCGUUGGGAAAAACCAGACACAAGUACAAGAUACAAACCAGUCCUCUGACAGGAACAUUUCCUUUAUAACACCUUCACGCCUUAACAAGCAAAGCCGCAAACCCUCAAAAUGAAGUUCGGAGCCGUUGUUGCCGCUCUAUCCAUGGCUGUCGCGCCUCUGGUAGCAGCCGACACAAGCACCAUCACGAGGACCACCACCAUUACCCAAACUGUUGUGCACGCAUCCACCGUCUUGGCCUCUUCCAGACCUGCCUCUUCAACUCCAUCCAUCAGGCCGUCCAGCACUGCCGUGGUGUCGGCAACAACUUCCGCCACCCCAAGCACUGUGGCCACUCCCUCGGCUACCCACACCGGUGCUGCUGUCGCAUUAGGACCAGGAGGUGUCUCUGCCGCCGUCGUUGCUGGAUCGUUCGCUGCAUUGUUGGCCGCUUUCUAAUCGCCUGUCCUAGAAGGAGCCUGGUGUGGCGUUUGUCUGAUUAAAUCGACUUUUCAGACCUAAUCAACACUCUGUUAGCAGCAGAUCAUAUUCACGAGUGCCGUUUAUCGGACGUUACGUUGUUAUUAUAAUACCCUUUUCCCUUCGUCUGGUCACGCAGCAUAUAGCAUGACCAUCACUUUUUGUUUUUGGGGACUUUUUAGUCAAGAUAUCACGAUUCCA